AUGGAUGAUCGAAUACCCCGAAUCAACGGAAUGCGCAAACCUGACGGCGUCAAUCUGGCGUCGACCUUCUUUCUACUCGUCGUGCUUCUAAUUGGCCCUGCCGUUGCUGCUAUUCCAUACACCCCGUCAUACCUUCUAUACGACUUGCAGAACAACGCCUCUUUCAGCUAUCUGUUACGGCCUGGUAGCGCCCAAGGUACCACCGAGCUGCUGUCUCUGAACGUGUCCAGGAACGUCCAGGGUUCAGAACCACGCUAUGAGACCCUCUCGAAGGAGGUCCCGUUCCAAACCGAAAAUCAGACAUCAUCAUUCGUUCCGGUAAUCGAUCAACACGGCGUUAUCAAAGUCUAUAGCGGUGAUUGCCAGUGCGCGCGGGAAAAUUCUACGGUAUGGCAAUUCACGCCUAGUAGCAGCAGCUCGAUUGGAAAUGGGACGUGGGAGAGGUACUCGGUGGCUGGAACGAACGAUCCAGCGGUCUCUGGGACGAGUGGGCCGAAUUAUCUGUCCGCGGGGUUUGCGUAUUCUAGCUCCAACGAGAGCGAGAGCGCCAUUUACGCCUUUGGUGGAAUGUGUCCAUUACCAGUCCAAUGGGAGCAAACUUGGAUGGCCGCUGCGAACUAUUCUCGGGCUAUGGUGGUCUUGAACCCUUCCGACUCGGACAAGCCUUCUUCGUAUCAAAUCUCGACUGCCGGCGAGCGCGCACCCCCGAUCCCAGAAGCCGGGUUUACGAUUACUCCCUUACUGCCGGCGUAUGCGUCUACUCCGACGGGCCGGUUGUUGAAACAGCAGGAUUUUCUGCUGAUUGGAGGUCAUACCCAGAAGGCCUUCAUCAAUAUGUCGCAGCUGGCUCUCUUCUCGCUUCCGCAGAACAGUUGGAGCAUUGUCAAUAUCGACUCGUCGCUUGACUCGCUCAAAACCGACCUUGCAGCUCGCACGGCCCCGGUGAUCGAGCCGCGAUCCGGACAUACCGCUGUUCUCUCACCGGAUGGUAACAAGGUGAUUGUUUUUGGAGGCUGGGUCGGCAAUACCGGUGUCCCUGCCCAACCUCAGUUGGCCGUCCUUGAGAUCGGAGAAGACUAUACAAGCUCAGGUGGCUGGAAAUGGACCGCCCCAUCCAAGGAACGCAGCCCACUGGCGGAAGGAACCGGCAUCUAUGGCCACGGCGUGACGAUGCUUCCUGGCGGCGUGAUGAUGAUCGCAGGCGGAUAUCGCAUUUCACCAUCGUCCAAAAGAUCGGCCGCCGGCCCGCAGUUGAACACCCAAGUGCAGCUGUAUAACGUCACAUCGGGCGACUGGGUCUCGUCGUAUGCAAACCCAAACGCUGUCUCCGACCCGCCACCAUCCGACGAGCCCAGCGACGCGGGUGUGAAUACCAACUCCCAUUCCCAUUCGUCCACCUCCCGAACAAUCGGACUUAGUGCAGGACUCGGGGCUGGAAUUCCGGCUCUCGCGGGCGCCGCGAUACUGGUCUGGUUCUAUUGGCGGAGGCGACGAGUCCGCCGCGCGCGCGAUCAAAGUCUCCGGAAGCUGGCCUUAGAGGCGCAACGCGCACACUUCUGGGGUCAAGAUGAUCCUUCCAUGGCUAGCAGCAUCCGCAGGCCCUCCACGCGAGAGACCAACAGGGACUACCCAUGGAACAACAAUCCAAGCACCAGCCGGUCAUCGAACUGGCAGGAUAACGGCGAUGCCGUCGCCGAAAGAACGGGACUGCUCAUGGAUAUCCCAUCUCCGACCAAGACCUGUCGCUCAGGCUUGAAUGCAAGAAUGUACCGGCCGCCUGCACCGUACGAGUACCGACGAAGUGACGGAACGGCCGAUAUCCACCCGAUAGACGAGCGAGAGGAGGACGAGAUCCAAGACUCCGAGCAGAGAGCAGCGCGAGACUCGAUGGAUCCGUUCCUCACUCCCCGAAGCACCAUCGUUGGCGAAGAACAACUCUAUCCCAACGGCGUCGUACCAGCGUUGACUCCCAGUGCUGCAUUCGAGCGCGACGAGCCCUCGUCUCCGGACAAGAACGACCGCACUUCCUCGAAUCUAUCGGAUUCCUCGACCUCCGCCAAAUCCGCCCAUCAGUACCACGGCGCGAUCUUCAACAACCCAUCCAGUCAACCGAGCAGUGGGCGUGUAUCCCCCGAAAAGCCCAGCUCUUCCUCUGGAUACCAAAACCGACCCGACAGCGCAACCCUUCCGCAAGAAAAGCGCUAUUCCUCCGAUUCCUUCUCCACCGCCCACACAACCCUCUCCCAACGUCAGGUCGAAGGCGAGCAUCUCCUCCAACAAGAAGGAGGAGCCGCCGCCGCCGCCGCCGCCGCAGCAGGACCUCAAUCACCGACUGUUGAUCUAUUCCCACGACCGCUUUCCAUCUCCAAACCCCGAACCUCAGACUGGAUGGGCAAUGUCCGACGCGUGCUCUCUGUCACGCGAAAGCGCCCACCAACCAGUGAUGACUGGAACGAUACCUCGCUAGCCUCGGGAGUCGAUCACCGCGGCACAGUUCUCGGAGCGACUCAGAAACCACUCGAGUCAGGCAGUGCUUCAAGUUUAACAACCUCAACCUCGCAAAUGCCCCGUCGCUCGGUCAGUGCGUCGGCCGAACUGUUCCGGCGUAAGCAGAGCAGUGCCAGGGAGUGGAGCGCAGGCAACCGGUCUUCGCGAGAGAUGACAUUCCAGCCGCCCAUCCGCGAUGAUUUCGCUCUCGACGGACUCCUCGAUAACAUGAUUGGGGUAGACGACAAUAACGAUGACGAUGACGAUGACGAGGACUGGGACGUCGAGGGCGCGAUAGAAGGGCGACGCGUCCAGAUGACAUAUACGGUGCCGAAGGAGCGAUUGCGAGUCGUCAAUGCCACUGCACGAGAUAUGGAUAACUAUUCCGAGAAAUCUAUCAGUCGGAGCAACAGUGAAGCGUAA